UGGAACAAGUCUGAUCGUGACUACAAGUACCCAGAACUUUUAGAACGUAUUUUCGAUACACUCAAGAAGAACAACCCAGAAUUGGGUGGUGGUAAGAGAAAGCCAAUCAAGGUUAAAACUCCACAAGUUGCCAGAGACGGUCCAAAGAAGACUGUUCUUAUCAACUUUACUGAAAUUUGUGCCAACUUACAUCGUGCUGAACAACACGUCUUGGACUACUUGUUCGCCGAAUUGGGUACAACUGGUAACUUGGAUGGUAGCAACAGACUUGUUAUUCGUGGUGCAUUCAAGAGUAAGGAUAUUGAAAACUUGUUGAGAAAGUACAUUACCGAAUAUGUUGUUUGUAAGAUUUGUAAUAGUUUGGACACUAGACUCAACCGUGAUUCCACAACUCGUCUCUAUUCUAUUCACUGUUCUAACUGCCAAGCUUCAAGAACUGUGCAAGCUGUUAAGCAAGGUUUCGUUGCUAAUCUUAGACGUAAGAAAUAA